ACUGCAGUCUGAAUAUUAUUUUCAGUUUAUCACAACGUUUGGCUAAAUAAAAUUUCGAAAUAUUUUUCCGUUUUAAAUUUCAACAUGUCGACGAACCGCAGCUAUAAUUUCUGGCAAAAGAACGACGAGGCUACUUGUUCACAGCAGAUGGGAAUAGGGGCCGGCAGAUAUAAUACUGAUGGAACUAAUUUAUAUGGUCGUCAAUGGGCAGGAAACGGAAAUGGCGGAGUGUCUGUUCCAUACUCUUCAAUCCCACGUGCCAUGUACGCUAAUCCACCAAUGCCUAACUUCCAGUCCGAUAAUGUUUCGUCACCUCUUCAGUGCCCCAAUUAUUACUUAAAUCAGGAAGGGCCAGUUUUGGAAAAUGGAGAAGCGUUUGCCUUUUAUACAGGAAUUAAUAUGAAUAUGAACACUGCCAUGGGACCGAAUGGAGGGCAGUCUUUCUGGUAAUACAAAAACGGAUAAGGGAAAUCCAUUCUAGGAAAUUCAAAUAGCAUACAUGAAAGAAAAUCAAUAUGAAAGUUAGUCCUCUUCGUUCAUAUAUCAUUUAUACGAUGGCUUUUGUUUUGAGAAUAGCUGGGACUGCAAUCAAAUGCACGGAGAAAAUUCGUAGCGAAAAUUAUUUUGCGUGGCUUAUGGGUUUGGAAUUAACAAAAAUUUAGAGCACAAAUUAUUGCCAAUUUGUUUACACAUACAAGUACAUUGUACAAUAAAUGGAUUGACGAUUAAAAUUAUAUUAAAUUUCACCAGUUA